AUGUCUCACCCUCUUCCGUCUUUCGACUACUAUCCCAAACGAUUCGCAAGUUUCACCUCUGUACUCGCCGACUUUUUCUGAAAUUCUCCCGGAACCUUCUAGCCAAAAGUAUCUUCAGAUGGGGACAACGCCGCAGAAGCCCCAGGCUCAGUGCUCGAAAAAGUCGCUUUUCGUGGCAAUUUUGGCGAUUUUGUUCUCUGUGAUCAUCACCUGCAUCAUCACCUACUACAUCACUUUGAAUAUGACGAGAGCGAUAGGUACCGGCAGAACUGGGUACUCAUUUUUGGUUUUUAACAAAAAAAAAAGUUUCGGCUGAUUUCGGGCCCACAAACUGGUGUUUUCAGCAAUGUAUUAUACAAUCAUCUAUGAUCCAUGAAAAGCUUGAUUUGAAAAAUUGGAAAAAGUCCGCUUCCCGGCUUCGACUCGUAUUUCACACAGCUCUUGAUCUUGGCCUCAAACUAUGCUUGAAAGUCCACAAUAAAAUAAUUUCAAGUUGGCUUGUCAAGUCCCCCUGAAAACGCGUAUUUAACAAAAAAAUUUGCAAUUUCGGCUAGUUUUCGAGUGUCCUGAAGCGAAAAUGCAAAACAAGUAGAAAUUACGGUAGCUUCAAUUAAUCUAUGCUCACCGACCCGCGAGGAGUAAUUAUAGUUUCAAAGAAUAAAAACAUGAACUCAAUAACAAAACGAUUCGUUUUGUGAGUCGGAAAGAGUUAUUUAUUUUCAAUAAAAUUAAUAAGACUUUCGAUCUUAAAAUUAGAAAAUGAAAAUGAAUAUUUUUCUUUAUCUAAGGAGCUACAACUAUAGAAAACAAAAAACUGCUUAUUUGCCUUGCUAAUUUGUAACUUAUAGCGAUUCCACCUAUACCCCUGACGGAGGUGAAGAAACUGGAUCCGGAGAACAGCCUGAAGCCGGAGAAAAACCUGAAACCGAAGAGCCUACAGAUCCGACUUCAGACAUUCCGGCUGAAGAGUUGAGGCUUCCUCGGAGCGUUCUCCCAGGUGAUAGAUAAACUUAAUAAAAAAUCAGACGAUCUUACAGUUCACUACGAUUUGACGAUCAAAACCAACAUUCCGGGCUACCCGGGCGUGCCCGAGGACAAGAAAUUGAGCUACGAUGGCCAGGUUAAAAUGCGGCUAAAGGUGAAAGAGCGAGUGAGCAAGAUAACGCUCAAUUCUGUCGGGCUCAAUUUCACAACGGCUGAAUGUUCUGUCACUUCUGUGAGUUCUUCAGAGACCCAAAAAUAUUCUAGGUCUCAUAUUUCCAGAAAGGAAAAAAUAUUCCAAUUUCUUCGAUCGAAAACGCAGUAAAGCUCGAGAUGAUUUACAUCAACUUGGGUGAACAGCUCGAAGAAAACCAAGAAGCUGAGCUCAAGGUGAGAGAAAAUUCUGAGUUUUGACAAAAAAGUGAAGCCGUGGACAAUGUUCCAAAAUUGCAAUAGGGAGCAGAAAAAGAGCUGAAGAAACGAGAAUAAGAGAGAGAGAGAACUAUCUUCGUUGAGAGGCCAGAGAAACAGAGACGUCUAAUUGACGGGCGUCUCUUCAGGUCACCGGCUAUCUCUCGCUUCCGCAUCAUUCAGUUUUAAUAAAUGCAUGACCGAAUAAAAACCGAAUUACUUUAAAUCAUAUUUAGACUGCAAAAAAGGAAGCGAGAGAGUGCCAACUUUCGUGAGAGGCCAGAGAAACACAAAUUUCUAUACCUGUCUGUCCUCUCCAAAUUUCUCAAACUCCCUUUCAGUCGUUGAUAUUUAAAAUUGGAAGCCUCAAAGUCCAACUGUAACUCGAACAAAUUAUUCAUUUUUAAGCUCGUCUUUUCGGGCAACUAUCGAGAAGACCUUGCCGGACUUUACUACACUGUUUACACCGAGCAUGGAGAAAUGAAGUUCGCCUGUACCAUGUAUGUAAAUUAUAUUGAUUUUUUGAAGGUACGCAAUUACCACUCAAAUGGAGCCUUCUGACGCCCGGAAAAUGGUUCCAUGCUAUGAUGAGCCCGAUAUCAAGGUUUGUCGUCUUUGAAAACUGAAAACCAAACAAACACUGAUUAUCCAACCUAGUCACAAUCUUUCUGAAAAACAAACUCUCAAAGUUCACAUCCUUUUCUGAAUAUUCAAAUAUGAAAAUGGAAGGUCUUUCUCUGGUAAAAUAAUGCGUCUUCAAAGCUGCUGAUAAAGAAAUGUUUAUAUUCAGGCCAAUUGGACAGUCACAAUUAUCCAUCCGACUGGCACCAAGGCCAUCUCAAACGGAAUUGAACAAGGCGAAUCCAAGUUAGCUUUUAUUCCCACAAUUCGCAAGGCCAGAUUUUUUGAAUGCGCUCAAUUUUUUUUUCCUUUUCGAACGGAUCGGUAAAAAAGCAUCAAGUUUAUAUUUUACUUCAGAGUUGACAAGAACUUCAUCUCGACCAAGUUCAAGACGACGCCGAAGAUGUCGUCCUACUUGCUCGCUCUUUUCGUCUCCGAAUUCGAUUACGUCGAGAAAAAGACGAAAAAUGGAGUCAGGGUCAGUCCCGACCUCCCAAACCCUCCCAACUUCUCAAUGGGCUUCAGUUCCGAAUUUAUGCGCGUCCCGAAGCGAAACACCAGCUACAGUACGCCCUGAACGCCGGCGUCAAGUGCACCGAGUACUACGAAGAGUACUACGGAAUCAAGUUUCCGCUCGAGAAACAGGACAUGGUCGCCAUCCCCGAUUUCGCCGCUGGAGCCAUGGAAAACUGGGGAUUGAUCACCUACAGGUAUAGACUGCAUUUAUUCAGAUUCUAGAACAAAAGUCAUCAUUUUCCGAUUUAAAAUUCCCGGCCAAUUUUCAUAAGAACCGAUCCGCUCCCAAGUGAUCUUCCCGCUCGUGAUCAUCCAAAUUUAUCAAUUAUCAAACUAACCAAAGUUUUAUUGGCCAAUGAUAACUUGAACCGGAAAGCUAAUAUUCGGUACAUCCUGUGAAAGAAUUUUCAAAAGUAAAAUGAGCUUGUUUGUUAGGUGUGUUCUUCGACAGAAAAAAAUCUUUCCAGAGAAACUGCACUGCUCUACGAUGAAAAUAUCUACACUCCUGGAUCCAAACGCCGUGUUGCUGUAGUGAUCGCCCAUGAACUCGCCCAUCAGGUCGGUCAUUUGCCUUCCAACUCCACUCUGAACCAGUUUUAGUGGUUCGGAAAUCUGGUCACGAUGAAAUGGUGGGACGAUUUGUGGCUAAAUGAAGGUUUCGCGACCCUCGUAGAGUACAGUGGCACCGACGUCAUAAGCGACGGAAACUUCCGAAUGGUGUGAACAUAAUCGAUAAUGUGAAAGAUAUUUUCCCGUUCAGACUGAAGAUUUUGUGAACGGUGCUUUAUCUGAGGCCUUAUCUUAUGACUCCCGAGCAUCAACCCAUCCUCUUUCGUUCAAAAUCACCAAGGUCGUUGAAGUCAACGAAGCUUUUGACACGAUCUCCUACGCAAAGGUAUAAAUGAGUUUUAUUUGAAACCUCAUCAAAAAAUCUCACUUUAAGUUGAACAAUUUUUUUCCAGGGUGGUUCUGUGCUUCGGAUGCUGAGACAAGUAAUCGGAGAGAAAAACUUCCAGAAAGGACUUCAGGUAGACUUUUUCAUGAGAUAUAACUCCAUUUUCAUUCUCAGCACUACCUCAACCUGCACAAGUACAGUAACGCCAAGGCCGCAGACUUGUUCGAGGCUCUCAACGAAAAAACGCCAGAAUCAAUCAUUGGACCCAACGGAGGGAAACUGGAUGUCAUCAACUUUGCCGAGCAGUGGACCACUCAGGUUUCAACACAAAAUAAUUUUCAAAUAGUUCAUUCGACAAUUUUCAGCUCGGUUACCCGCUUCUGACAGUGACUCGUGAAGAUGAGAACACUAUUAAAGUGACCCAAGAACGGUUCAAAAAGAAUAAAGACGCUGUGGAGAAACCGAAAUACAGAAACCCGAAAUAUGGGUCCCUCAAUGAUCAUGUCCUCUUUUUCUCAACUUCUUUGAUUCAGUUUCAAAUGGGACGUUCCGGUGUGGUACCAAGAAGCCGGAAACAAAGAGAUCAAGUUUGCUUGGCUCAAACGGGGUAUUUCUGCUUCAUUCUUGUUCCAAAGCUAUUCGGAAGUUCAGACGAGCCGCUCUUCUUGAAAACCAAGUCGGCAGUUGUUCUGAACGCCGAUUCUUUCGGCUUCUAUCGUGUCAACUACGAAAACGCUGAGUGGAAGAAGAUUGGGGCUCUGUUGGUCAAGGACCAUGAAGUUUGUCAAAAAACCUUUGUUUCAAAUCAAAUGGAAUCUUAGCUUUUUUUUAAUUCAUAAAUAUUCUAUCAUGAAUAUUCUAUUCUAUCAUUCGAUCAUGAAGUUUGCAAGAAAAGCUUGCUCUGAAGAAAAAGCUUUGCAACUUCAGAAGUUCUCGGCAAAGACCCGAGUCCGCCUGAUCGAAGACAUCUUCAUCUGCGCCCAAGUCGAUCUGGUCGACUACGAACUCGCGAUAGACUUUAUCCAAUAUAUCUCUAAGGAGAAGGUUGAGCUGAUUUUUGAGUCCGUCGGGAAAUAGUUCAAACUUUCUAGGAAUACUAUCCCUGGAGCACGGCCCUUUCUGAGAUUGGUGUUAUCAUUGGGAAGUAUGAAAGUGAUCCUGAAGUUGAGCCGAUCAAAGUUUGUUUCUGUCGUUCCCAUAUUCCACUUUUAUUCUCACAGAAAUAUCUUGUCAAACUGUUGUCGAAGAACUACGCGGCCAGCAGUUUUGACUACAUGGCAAAGAACUACAAAAACGACAAGAAGUUCUUCGAUGUGUUCGUUUUUAUUGUCUCAGGAGAUCGAUCUCUGCUUUUUAGGUUACUUAUGUCGGAGGUCCUGUCGGCAGAAUGCAGUCUUGGCGACGAAGAUUGUGUCAAAAAAGCCACCGCUCUUUAUACCGACCACGUUGAGCCGAAUUGCAAGGGAAGCGACAAAAAAUCUUCCUCCUGUAACAAGUCGGUUAUCUAUUUUUUCGAUGAAGAAUAUAAACGGUUUUAUCCAAGGGAACUAGGGAAUUUCGGGCAAAACAUUUUCGCAUUUUCCUAUUAAAAGAAAGUACUGAGAACGUUUUAUAUAAGUAUGUGUGCCAUUGGUCUUCGCCUUCGAUUUUAUGUCGAACUGUGGCAAAACGGUAACUGCUACAAUAAACAAAAAAACUUCGUUGAUUUUGAUUUUCUUGGAUUCUCAUUUUCAGACUCGCGGCCCCACUUCGAGGCUACGCCUACUGUUAUGGAGUCAAAAAAGGCGGUAUCAAGGCGUUCAACAGGGUCUGAAUAGGGAGCGAAACAACAUAAAAGAAAACUUUUCUAGGUGUUCCAGUGGUACCGAAUCGAAGAUGUUCAACGGGAAAAAGACAAUUUGCUGAGAGGAAUGGCCUGCUUGGACGAUAUUCCUACCUUGAAAAAGUUGAAUUUAUGACUUAUCUCCUUGAUUUUACAAAAGUCACACGUCAUUUAAACUUUCAGAUUCAGAGAAAAAUCAAAAAACGAAAAUAAAGUGUUCCUUAUUUUCAUAAAGAUUUUUUUGGAAACAGUAAUUUUUCUUAAAAACUAAAGUGUACCAUGAUAUAUACCGGCCCCCAAUAAUACUUUUCUUUUCUUAAAAAAAAUGAAAAAAGAAAAAAAAAAUUUUCUCAGAGUCCUUCUCAAUGCGAUGGACGACGAAAAAAGCGAUUUCCGACUUCAAGAUCUUUCUUCUGUAUUUGCGACCGUCGGUGGCAACAAACUCAGCUCAGAGUUUUUCCUCAACUUUUUGAUCACCCGCUGGGACGAUCUUCAAGUCCGGUGAGGCUCCCUCAAUCGCCUUCAAAUAUGUUUUCAUCAAUUUUUCAGUUUGAAAAAAGAUAUGACCGGAUUCCGCCGCAUUAUACAAACUCUUACGAGCAGCAUCGAUACUCCUUCUGAGCUUUCUCAGGUGAAAAAUAUCAGGAGAUUCCUCAAUGAACUCUGAUGAGUUUAAGCUGAAAAGCUUCCUCAAAGCAACGCCGUCGGCUGAGAAAAUGAGCGUGUUCCACGGGAUUCUGGAAGGCGCACCGGUGAAAAUUGCCUGGCGACAGAAGAACCUCAAAAAACUUUCCAACCACUUCGCCCAGCUCCUUCAGAAGUCUCAAUGA